AUGGAUUUACGGGCGGCUUUUGCGGAUUCAAUUUUACAUCCGGCCCGGCAUCUGGUAAUUUCUGCUGGAACAAACAGCAUGAAUAUAGUGCUUAUAGAGAAAGUAGCUUUGGCUAUGGGAUUCUUGAGGUGCAGGAAGUACCAGAUUCACUCCCGGAAAAGAGGCGAGAGAGUCCGGAUUCAUUCCCGGAAAAGAGACGAGAGAGGUUUCAGUCACCAUUGGCUAAGCACAACCAAGACACACCCCAUGAAACACGGUGGAGCUGGUCGAAGAUUUCGAAGCCAGCACCGAAAGGUCUGUUCAUCGCCCGGGAAACUAUUCCGAGGCGUAAGGCAAAGGCAUUGGGGGAAAUGGGUGGCCGGAAUACGACUACCGAGAAACCAAACUCGGGUUUGGUUAGGGUCUUUCGAGACCGCCGAAGAAGCCGCCACCGCUUACGAUACGGCGGCUUACAUACUGCGUGGAGAACAUGCACAGUUGAAUUUCCCGGACCUUAAGGAUCAAAUGGUGGCCAAUUCUUUGAAUGGGAACACUGCUGCACUUCUCAAAGCUAAGUUGCAGGCCAUAUCACAAAAGUCCGGUCUCGGUCCAUCGACAACAAUGUCAAAACCGGCGGUGGAGGAAGUUUCGGGUUCGGACCGGAAUACAGAGAAAAGUAAGGAGGUUUUGUUGUCGUAA